CCUUCAGGACCCAUUAAGGCGGUGCAACAGCGGCGCUUCUGGUACACAUGUUAGCGCCUCAGCGUGAUACUGGACAACAAACUCCGUGUCUGUGCUUGUUAUUUGGCUUUUAUUCUCUGUGACCUUUUAAACGCCCGUUUUUAAACAUGAAGCUCCUCACGCACAACAUGUUGACGUCACACGUGAAGGGAGUAACCAAGGGAUACCCGCUGCUCAUCAAGGCCACUGAGGUGAAGGUGAAUGAGGUGGAGUUCAACCCAAAGUUUGUCUGCCGGAUGAUCCCUAAACUGGAGUGGAGCGCCUUGGUCCAGGCUGCUGACCAGCUGGGUCAUCGGGAAGAGCUGCCGGGUGACUUAGUGCCGGACUACGAGAAAAACGAAGACUUCCUGAAGAGAGUGCACAGAGUACUGCUGGAGGUGGAGGUGAUAGAGGGAUGUCUGCAGUGUCCUGAAUCGGGUCGAGAGUUUCCCAUCUCCAGAGGAAUCCCCAACAUGCUGCUGAACGAAGACGAGGCGUAAGCGGCUUCUCUCCGACAAUCUCGAGCCCGAACUCUCACCCAGACGGGACUUCUUUUUGUUAUUGCGAGACGAGCUGGAGUCUGGUCGCCGUUGGCUCCACGACAGAAAAGAGCACAUCCAUCGGUUCGUUGUAGUUACGGCGUUUUUAAGCGGCUCCUGCUGCCAGCAGAUGGAAAAGAUUUGGAGAAUAAUGGAUGGAAACGUUGCCUCAGAGUAACCCCCAGUGGUCUGAUCUGUAUUUAUUUUUGUAACUGUUUUGGCUUUUUUUCUUUUCAAUAAAACUGCUUCCUGACAGUUGAAA